AUGUCUUCUAACCAGUUCGAUUCUCAGGCUUCGACCAACUACAAGGAGGCCUUCUCCCUGUUCGACAAGCGAGGCACUGGUCGUGUCCCCGUCGACAGCCUUGGUGAUCUCCUCCGCGCCUGCGGUCAGAAUCCCACCCUCUCUGAGAUCCGCGACCUUGAGAAGAACGUUGGCGGCGAGUUCGAUUUCGAAACCUUCCAGCGAGUUCUCAACCGACCCGGUGGCUUCCGCGAGCCAGGCGAGCCCGAGGAAUACUGCAGAGGCUUCCAGGUCUUCGAUAAGGAUAUGACGGGGUUCAUUGGCGUCGGUCAGCUAAAGUACAUCCUUACGAACCUUGGCGAGAAGAUGACCGAGGAGGAGGUCGAUGAGCUUCUUAAGGCGGUCGACACGAGCUCCGGCCAGGUCAACUAUACUGAACUCGUAAGGACGAUCCUCGCCAACUAA